GGAGGGAGACUGAUGUCUCGCGUGAUCAGCAGAGUCAUUUUCUAAUAUUUUAAUGUAAAAAAAGGCUUUAAAAAUGGCUUGCAGAUUGUCUACUGUAUUUCGACACCUUUGCAUAAAUGGCAGGAGCUUGUCAACUGCAAGUCAUGCACGCACCUCACCAAAUGCAGUCCCAAGUUUUCGAAAAUUACAAAAUUCCACCUCACCUUCGAUCUACGAACCAAAUUUCACACUUUCCCCAAAAUCAGUCGAUUUCGGAUUCACCAUACCACCACCAGACAUAUCCAGAAUAAGCAUCACUGAGACCCCAAUUUCCAUAAAUCGCCACAUAGAGGAACCCUAUAAAAUUAUCCACAACAAAGAGGACAUCGUGCCAGACAAAUUUGUCGAUCUUCCAACUCUGGAGAAUAUUAUUGAAAAACAUGCGGUGCGAAUGAUAAUUGUUCGAAGGCACAAGAUGAAAGUUCACAAGCUGAAAAAGCUACGCAAGAAAAUGAAAUACGUGAAUAUGAAAGUGAAAAAAAGGCGCAAGCUGAGAAGGGAAAAGGGAUUUAAAAAACACAUUUUCAAUAUUGUGCACAACGCGGAAAAAUUCAAUCCAAAGAGGUAUGUGAGGGAGAGGCUUCAGUUACUCACGAGGGAAAUUUUACCGACAAGAUGGAGAGGAGAAAUUCUUCCGCCGGCGGUGAUUCGAGAAUUUGUUUACGCACAACGAAGGAAAGUUGCUGCGAAGAAGAAUAAAAAACGUUUGACAUUAUGAGUGGAUUUUUUGUAAGUAAGAUACCUGAGGAAUAAAGGUAUUAUGUUAUCAAGUUUAA